GAAUGCUACUGUGGCACGGGCUACUCCGUAGACCCCUCCACAAUCGACAACGCGCCAGCCAGCGAAUGCUCCAUGGCUUGCGCUGGAGACGACACGCUCACCUGCGGCGGAUCGUGGCGCAUGCAGAUCUAUUCCACCGGGUUGUCGCCUGCCGCGGGCGAAGCUCCGUCCGGCUGGUCAUCGUACGGCUGCGUUCGGGACACAUCCGAUCGCGUGCUCGCAUCUCCCAAGUACGCCGGCGCCGACCUAAGCGACACGAACUCGCCGGCUGCUUGCACGUCCUACUGCGCCGACCUGAACUACACCAUGGCCGGCGUCGAGUACGGCUCGGAGUGUUAUUGCUCAUCGUCAUGGGCAAGCGAUACGGCACCCUCGCUCAUCGACUCCAGCGAAUGCGAUUACGCAUGCUCAGGAGCACCAGCACUGACAUGCGGCGGAUCGUGGGCUCUGCAAGUUUACAGUGCAAGUUAA